CGUAGGUGAGCAGGAAGCGACGGCCGCCCAGCAGCCCGUGGGCCGGCGCGCGGAGCCAGCGGAGCGGCGCCGGGGGACGCCGAGGCCUCGGGCGGGGCCGGCCCGGGUUGCAGGAAACCACACUCUUCAAGGCUUCCUUCAGGCCUCAGCUUGGAAGACCCCCCCCCCCCGAGACCCGUGUCCCCCUCCGUGCCCUAGUGACCGUGUUCCAAGGUCUCGGCGGGGGUCUGCGGCCAGCCCAGGAGGAUGAGGCGGUUCCUGAGACCCGGGCACGACCCUGCGCGGGAGAGGCUGAAGCGGGACCUGUUCCAGUUCCACAAGACGGUGGAACAUGGCUUCCCGCACCAGCCCAGCGCCCUCGGCUACAGCCCCUCCCUGCGCCUCCUGGCCAUCGGCACGCGCUCCGGAGCCAUCAAGCUCUACGGCGCCCCAGGGGUGGAGUUCAUGGGGCUGCACCGGGAGAACAAUGCUGUGAUGCAGAUCCACUUCCUGCCUGGCCAGUGCCGGCUGGUCACUCUGCUGGAUGACAACAGCCUGCACCUGUGGAGCCUGAAGGUCAAGGAUGGGCUGUCAGAGCUGCAGGAGGAUGAGCACUUCGUGCUCCGAGGGCCCCCAGGGGCUGCCCCCAGCGCCACGCAGAUCACCGUGGUCCUGCCCCAUUCCUCCCGAGAGCUGCUCUACCUGGGCACCGAGAGUGGCACCGUGUUCGUGGUGCAGCUGCCGGCCUUCCACGUGCUGGAGGACCGGACCAUCAGCGCCGACGCCGUGCUGCAGAGGUUGCCUGAGGAGGCCCGUCACCGGCGGGUGUUCGAGAUGGUGGAGGCGCUGCAGGAACACCCCCGAGACCCCAGCCAGAUCCUGAUCGGCUACAGCCGGGGCCUCGUUGUCAUCUGGGACCUGCAGGGCAGCCGCGUGCUCUGCCAUUUUCUCAGCAGCCAGCAACUAGAGAACGUCUGCUGGCAGCGAGACGGCCGCCUCAUCGUCAGCUGCCACUCUGACGGCAGCCACUGCCAGUGGCCUGUGUCCAGCGACACCCCGCACCCAGAGCCUCUGCGCAGCUCCGUGCCGUACGGUCCCUUUCCAUGCAAAGCCAUUACCAAAAUCUUCUGGCUGACCACCAGGCAGGGGUUGCCGUUCACCAUCUUCCAGGGCGGCAUGCCCCGCGCCAGCUACGGGGACCGCCACUGCAUCUCGGUGGCCCAUGACGGGCAGCAGACGGCCUUCGACUUCAGCUCCCGCAUCAUCGACUUCACCGUCCUGGCCGAGGCGGACCCUGCGGCUGCCUUUGACGACCCCUACGCGCUGGUGGUGCUGGCGGAGGAGGAGCUGGUGGUCAUCGACCUGCACACGGCGGGCUGGCCGCCCGUGCAGCUGCCCUACCUGGCCUCCCUGCACUGCUCGGCCAUCACCUGCUCCCAUCACGUCUCCAGCAUCCCGCUGAAGCUGUGGGAGCGCAUCAUCGCGGCUGGCAGCCGACAGCACACGCACUUCUCCACCAUGGAGUGGCCCAUUGACGGCGGCACCAGCCUGGCCCCAGCCCCGCCCCAGCGGGACCUGCUGCUCACGGGGCACGAGGACGGCACGGUACGGUUCUGGGAUGCGUCGGGCGUCUGCUUGCGGCUGCUCUACAGGCUCAGCACGGUGCACGUGUUCCUCACCGACACAGACGCCAGUGAGGGCCUCAACGCCCAGGCCGAGGAUGAGUGGCCCCCGCUGCGGAAGGUGGGCUCCUUUGACCCCUACAGCGAUGACCCCCGACUGGGCAUCCAGAAGAUUUUCCUCUGCAAAUACAGCGGCUACCUGGCUGUGGCAGGCACGGCGGGGCAGGUGCUGGUGCUGGAGCUCAACGACGAGGCAGCGGAGCACGCGGUGGAGCAGGUGGAGGCCGACCUGCUGCAGGACCAGGAGGGCUACCGCUGGAAGGGGCACGAGCGCCUGGCCGCCCGCCCGGGGCCUGUGAGCUUCGAGCCUGGCUUCCAGCCCUUCGUGCUGGUGCAGUGCCAGCCCCCGGCCGUGGUCACCUCCUUGGCCCUGCAUUCCGAGUGGCGGCUCGUGGCCUUCGGCACCAGCCACGGCUUCGGCCUCUUCGACCACCAGCAGCGGCGGCAGGUCUUUGUCAAGUGCACGCUGCACCCCAGUGACCAGCUCGCCCUGGAGGGCCCGCUGUCCCGCGUGAAGUCCCUCAAGAAGUCCCUGCGCCAGUCGUUCCGCCGCAUGCGCCGCAGCAGGGCGUCCAGCCGGAAGCGGCGUCCAGCCGGCUCCCCGGGAGAGGUGCCGGCGGGGGCCCCCAGGGCCGAGCGGGCUGGCCUGCAGAACAUGGAGCUGGCCCCGGUGCAGCGCAAGAUCGAGGCCCGCUCGGCGGAGGACUCCUUCACGGGCUUCGUGCGGACCCUCUACUUCGCCGACACCUUCCUGAAGGACAGCUCCCGCCACUGCCCCUCGCUGUGGGCUGGCACCAACGGGGGCACCGUCUACGCCUUCUCCCUGCGCGUGCCCCCGGCCGAGCGGAGGAUGGAUGAGCCCGUGCGGGCAGAGCAGGCCAAGGAGAUCCAGCUGAUGCACCGAGCGCCGGUGGUGGGCAUCCUGGUGCUUGACGGACACAGCAUUCCCCUUCCCGAGCCCUUGGAAGUGGCCCAUGACCUGUCGAAGAGCCCGGACAUGCAGGGGAGCCACCAGCUGCUUGUGGUGUCUGAGGAGCAGUUCAAGGUCUUCACGCUGCCCAAGGUGAGCGCCAAGCUGAAGCUGAAGCUGACGGCCCUGGAGGGCUCCCGCGUGCGGCGCGUCGGCGUGGCCCACUUCAGCAGCUGCCGAGCCGAGGACCACACCGAGCACCACCUGGCGGUGCUCACCAACCUGGGCGACAUCCAGCUGGUGUCCCUGCCGCUGCUCAAGCCGCAGGUGCGCUACAGCUGCAUCCGGCGGGAAGACGUCAGCGGCAUCGCCUCCUGCGUCUUCACCAAGCACGGCCAGGGUUUCUACCUGAUCUCCCCCUCGGAGUUCGAGCGCUUCUCUCUGUCCACCAAGUGGCUGGUGGAGCCCCGCUGCGUGGUAGACUCUGGAGAAACCAAGAACCACAGCAGGCCCGGCAACGGGGCAGGCCCCGAGCGGGCUGGGGGCAGAGCCAGGAACACAGGGAGCCAGAGCGAUGCAGAGGAGAAAUCCAGCCCGGUGAUGGAGCAGGCACUGCUGAGCGAUGAGAGAGUCCUGAGGGAGAUUCAGAGCACGCUGGAGGGUGACCGGGGGAGCAGCGGCAGCUGGCGUUCCCGUCGAGCAGCCAUGGGACACAGCCCUGGUAACGGGGGAGAGUGAGCGCGCUGGGCGUGCAGGCUGCGCCGUGAGCACACACUACUGAGGGCCCCUGGUCGUGAGCACACACUACUGAUGGCCCCUGGUCGGAGCUCUGCCCCAGCGGCAGAGGCCCAGGCCCCACCCUGCUGCUGCUCCUGGCCCAAGGGAGGAGAGCCCCAGGCCCUGGGCCUGACUCCCCUAGGCCUGUCCGUCUUGAUCCUUUUGUCAGAGUUGCACAGUUUUUAUUCCCCUCCCCUCUUUUUGUAGUGGGCUGGGUUUUAAGUUAUAAAUUUUACCACUUCUGGGUGAAACAGAGUUUUUAAUAAACACCUAAUUACCUCUUCA